CUAGCUGAUGACACUUCGUGAGUUUGGUCAUUUUUCUGUGACGCUAAUGGUAGUAAUCUAAUAUAAGGUGCACGCUCAAGUCUCAAAGGGGUGCACGGUGUGAGGACAAAGCUACACGAAGUAGCUAGCGAUCUUCUUUUGAAAGUAACCUUGUCUCUGUGCAACCGGUCGGGUGGUACAGAGGAAAUUGGAAACAGACUCAAGAUACUGAAACGCGUUUAGCCUGCUGGUUUGCGCUAGCCACAUUUAUUUGUACAUAAAACGAUUGGGUUGUUCCUUUCAAGGAUAACUGGAUCUAGUAACAGGUGACGCUGACACAACAGGGAUGUGCAAUGGCAUCGGUGCGGGUGGCUGUCCGGCUCAGGCCUAUGAACCGACGGGAGAAGGACUUGACUGCCAAAAACAUAAUUGAAAUAAAAGGGGACAAGACCACCAUUGCAAACUUGAAGAUAGCAGAUGGCAUUACUGGGGAUUCCAUGAGGGAGAGGAAGAAGACCUUCACCUAUGACUUCUCCUAUGACUCCUCUGACAGUAAAAGCAACACCUUUGUUUCUCAGGAAAAGGUGUUCAAAGACCUGGGCUCAGAUGUCCUCAAGGCUGCGUUCCAAGGCUACAACGCCUGCAUCUUCGCCUACGGCCAGACCGGCUCGGGGAAGUCCUACACCAUGAUGGGAAAUCCAGGAGAUGUUGGUCUCAUUCCACGGAUAUGUGAGGGUCUGUUCAGCCGGAUUGCUGGGAUGACUCGUUGGGAUGAGGCCUCCUUCCGCACCGAGGUCAGCUACCUGGAGAUCUACAAUGAACGUGUCAGGGACCUGCUCAGGAGGAAGUCCACCCAAACCUACAACCUGAGGGUGAGGGAGCACCCAAAAGAUGGACCCUACGUGGAAGACCUGUCCAAGCACCUUGUGCAGAACUACCACGACGUGGAGGAGCUGAUGGAGGCUGGCAACAUCAACCGCACCACGGCCGCCACGGGCAUGAACGACACCAGCAGCCGCUCGCACGCCAUCUUCACCAUCAACUUCACCCAGGCUAAGUUUGACGCGGAGAUGCCCUGCGAGACGAUCAGUAAAAUCCACCUGGUGGACUUGGCGGGCAGCGAGAGGGCGGACACCACCGGUGCCACGGGAGUCCGGCUCAAGGAGGGCGGCAACAUCAACAAGUCACUGGUCACUCUGGGCAACGUCAUCUCUGCUCUAGCGGACCUGAGCCCGGAUGGAGUGAACGCCAACCUGAAGAAGAAGCAGGUGUUUGUGCCUUACAGAGACUCUGUGCUAACGUGGCUCCUCAAGGACAGCCUGGGAGGCAACUCCAAGACCAUCAUGAUCGCUACCAUUUCACCUGCUGACGUAAACUACGGCGAGACUCUGAGCACGCUGCGCUAUGCCAACCGCGCUAAGAACAUCAUCAACAAGCCCACGAUCAAUGAGGACUGCAACGUCAAGCUCAUCCGAGAGCUCAGGGCCGAAAUCGCCCGGCUGAAGGCCCUUCUGGUCCAGGGAAACCAGAUUGCACUUCUGGAUUCACCCACCGCUCUGAGCAUGGAGGAGAAACUACACCAGAACGAAGCCAGAGUGUUGGAGCUAACCAAGGAGUGGACUAACAAGUGGAAUGAAACUCAGAACAUUCUCAAGGAAGAAACCCUUGCCCUGAGGAAAGAGGGAAUUGGCGUCGUCCUCGAUUCAGAGUUGCCUCAUCUAAUUGGUAUCGACGACGACCUCCUAAGUACUGGCAUCAUCCUCUACCAUCUAAAGGAGGGCAGGACGUAUGUUGGUCGAGACGAUGCGUCGACUGUUCAGGACAUUGUUCUCCAUGGGCUGGACCUUGAGAGUGAACAUUGCAUGUUUGCGAACCAGACCGACACUGUCACCCUGGUUCCACUCAAUGGGGCCCAGUGCUCCGUGAAUGGAGUGCAAGUGACAGAAGCCUCCCCACUAAACCAAGUUCUAUUGUGUUUGAUAGGUGCUGUCAUCCUGCUGGGGAGAACCAACAUGUUCCGUUUCAACCACCCUAAAGAGGCAGCUAAACUAAGGGAGAAGAGGAAGAGUGGACUGCUCUCCUCCUUCAGUCUGUCCAUGACCGAUCUCAACAAAUCAUGUGAGAACCUCUCCACAGUAAUGCUCUACAACCCAGGUCUCUUCACUGAAAAGGGGCCCAUCUAUCUCAGGUUGGAAUUUGAGAGACAGCAACGGGAAGAGCUGGAGAAGCUGGAACACAAAAGGAGGCUGAUUAAGGAGAUGGAAGAGAGGCAGAAGUGCGAGAAGGCGGAGCUGGAGCGCCUGCAACAGGAGGUAGAGUCCCAGCGCAAGGAGUCGGAGCAGGUGCAGCAGCGCAUCCGCCGCCAGGAGGAGACCCUCCGUUGCCGCAGCCAGGACAUCGAGAGUCGCCUGCGCGACCUCCUGGCUGAGAAGCAGCGCUUUGAGGAGGAGCGCCACCGCGAGACCCUGGAGCCGGAGCUACAGAGGCGCCAGCGGCGGAAGCAGCAGCAGGAGGAGCGCGAGGAUGAGAAGACACAGGACGAGGAGGCGCGCCGCCAUAGUGAGGCGGCAGAGCGUGCCGAGCAGGCGGAGAUCUUCCGCGAGCUGGAGCGGCUGAAGCGGGAGCAUGUGGAGCAGGGGGUGCGGCUGGAGGCAGAGAGGCGGAGGCUGGAGGAGCGCGAGAUGGAGCAGCUAGGCCUGGUGGGGCGCCUGGAAGAGCAGCUGAGGGAGCGCCAUGAGGCGGCGGCCGCCCUGCUGACCCGCGAGGACACCCGGCGCCUGGACGAGGAGCGCCGUGCCCUGGCAGAGAUCCGCGAGGCGCUGCUCCGCGCCAAGGAGACCAGCGGGCGCUCCGACUGCAACGGAAUGGGCGAGGUGGCCGGGCGCGCCGCCCAGGUCCGUUACACGGACUUCAAGGCAGCGCAGGUGGAGGAGCUGGGUCAGUUGGAGGAGGGGCUCCGGCAGCAGAAGGAGUGCCUGGAGAAGGAGGUGGUGUCAGAGCGCGCUGCCCUGGCCCUCCUGGUCCACACCCACAAGGAGCGUCAGCGACAGAUGCGAGAGACCCAGGAGAAGGGGGCGCAGGACGCCUCGGAACUCUCCCAGGAGGAGCAGCGGAUGCACCAGGCCGAGCAGCGCCUCCUCUUCAAGGAGCGCCGGCUAGCCAGCUUAACAGACAGCCUCCUGCCGGCGGUGGCCGAGGAAAGGCAGAGGGCGGAGGAGCUGCUGAAACUCGGAUGCUUCUCUGGUGCUGGCAGCAUUUCCAACAUCUCCCUGGGACUAGACAACACCCUGUACCAGGUGGAGAAGGAACUUGAGGAGAAGGAGGAGCGCCUUACCUCACACUGCGCCAGUGCCGAGCAGCUUCAGCAGCUGCAGGAGACAUACGAGUUCACGGCCAACGUGGCACGCCAGGAGGAGAAAGUGCGGCGCAAGGAGAAGGAGAUCCUGGAGUCGCGGGAGAAGCAGCAGCAUGAGGCCCUGGAGCAGGCGGUGGCACGCCUGGAGAGAAGGCAGUCAGCGCUGAAGCGCAGUGUCUCGCUGGACCUUGAGAGUGAGGAAUCCAGGCGCAAGGCCUCCAUUCUGGGGCCUGCGCGGGAACUCGACCAGGAGAGGGUGGAGCGAGAGAUCCAAAAGCUGAAGCAGAGGAUCAGUAAGACUGAGGGAAGUGGAAGGAAUCACACUGGGAGCGGCGAUGAAAAGACCGGCCUCAGCACCCCCCCUGUCAGCCCAAUCCAGAGCCUACCCCCAGUGCUGCCUAUCGCAGAUGACAGGAUAAAUGCAUACAUUGAGGAGGAGGUUAAGAGAAGGAUACAGAAGCUGAACCUCCUCAAUGGUGAACAAAACAUUGAGCUCGCACUUUCAUCUGAAUCUCCGCAGGAUGAUGACAAGCUGCAAAACCGUGUCAACCCUAGGAAAUUGAAAUAUGAGAAAGACUCCAUGCCCUUGCUGUGGCGUAGCUUCCUGUACGUCCCAGGACUUGAGACAAGCACUCACCUGGAAGGGCAUACAACAAGUUCAGAAGAAGGCAGCGUCAAAGACCACUCUGAGUUAGAUCAAAUCGGCAACCCAGAAAGGGAAACCAAAGUCUUGGCAGAAAAGGACACAGUGCCUUAUAAAGAGGGUGAAAAAGCUAAAUGGUGGCAGGUAGGAGUGAAGGGGAAGGUUGACCAAGCAGAGAGCGAGAACAAUGGCUGUGAAUUUAAAACCAAGGACUGGAGAUGUAGGUCUACAAACACCAUAGCCAGUGAAGAUGGAAAUAACAGCCAAUGUAGGCCAGAUGAGGAAGAAACCAAUUUGAGUUGCUACAUUGUUGAUGACAAGACCAAAAGUCUAUCAUAUUCUCAGUCCAGAGAAACCAGAACAGAGAACCCACUGUUGCACACUCUCUCACAGUUUGACUCUGUGGAAGGAACCAAAGACCAAGUUCAGAACACAAGCAAGACAAGUAACGACACUGCAACUGUGAUAAAUUCUGAAGUCCCCAUACUGAGACUAAGCUCAAAGAGACAAAUCACCAUCAAGGGCUACUUUGGUCUCAACAAGAUCCCUAAAGAGUCUGUAAAUGGGCAGGUGCAGAGUAAUCUGGUAACUUCAGAACCGGAUCUACUAACCAACGAACUGGGAGCCAAACAGAGUUACGUCCUUGGAUACUUGGCAGGCAAGCUGUCUGGAGUUUACAACGACGCUGGACGAUAUCUGCAGAGUACACGUGAUAUCAUUCGGCAGGUUCGAGCAGGAGAAACUUCAGCAUUGAAUAGUACAUUCUCUCAGUACAUGACCAUAGUUACAAAAGAUAUUCCACUUGUUCAGAAAAAGCAGCUUGAACCUUCAAUGAAACCCGACUUAAGGCAGAAUAAAGUUCAUUUUGCCAAUUUGACAGGCAAUUGCCUUUUCAAUGUACCCGAGAAAGGUAAUGAGUCUGCAAUUCCUGACAUUUCAUUAUGGCCUAAAGGCUCUGUGACUACAUACAAAGACGGGAAGCCUGUAGUUUAUUGUCAGACGCUCGUGGAGUUUCCCAUAUGCCUUUCGGAAUUACAGUCUCUUCCUCUUCAGAAGAUGAUGCAUCGUUUGUACUGUGUGACGCCUAAAAUCGCUGCCUCUUCCCACCACCUUUUGGGUAUCUACUGGCUAAGCAUUGCCAAUUGCAAACAGCCUACACCACAACCAAGUUGCUUACUGUUAUCUGAAACCGACCUCUAUGCAGUCUCCGCUGGUACUGGUUUGGGUAACAACCAGCCUUUGGCAGUUUUUCACCACUUCAGUCUCUUGCACAUCAAGGAGAUCCAAGUGAGCUUUGCUGGGCAGCAUGUACGACUCCUGGGUUCCACUGAAGACACCAUCUUGGUCAUCUUCACCCACAGCAAAGCGCUUACCCAGGAGCUAUGCUGUACCCUGCUGAAGAUCCUUGCCCCGUCAGAGGUUCGGGAAGGCCCAGGAGCCUACCCCUUGCUUCGUGGAGACCUCUUGCGCCUCUCUCUGGACUGGAGGUCCCACGUUCCAGACCUCCUGCUGGAUAGUGGCCUCUGUGUUACCUCGCGCUUUAAGAGGGUCAUGGCUGACCUGCUCUACAUCCUGCACGGCAACAUGGAAGGACCUAACAGGCCCUCCUUGGCUAACAUACACCUUCUUCUCUACACUUCCAUCAAGGUGGAAAACUAUUCCACCUCGCGCCAAGUCGUCCUUUGCCAGCUCUUUCUCACCGACAACCACAUAGGCCUGGUGCAAGAGGAUGCCGUGUUCCACCCGGUACCUCGAGGCUCAACUCUGGUUCCCAUCCAACCCCAGUUUCAGGGAGUAGAGCUGCGCAGACGCUCAGACAUCCGAUGUGUGCUUGUGAGACACAGCGACAGAUGUAUGGUGCUUGACAUCUUAUUCUCCAUGACUCACAAAGGGCAGAUUGAGACCAAAAGAAAGACCAGGAAAGGCUUAGCCAUUGUCCCUCUACCUUCUGAUUGCAGGCCCCCAGCUGAUUCCUGGAAAUUAACUUUCAGCUCUACCUCGGAUGCAGCAAUCCUAAUCAAUCAUCUGUCAACCUGAUUUAAGGAUGUGCUUCCAGGUCAUCAAAUGAUGUAAUGCUAAUAGGUAAUAAAAGGAAAGGAGCUUAACUGCCACUGCAGCCCGGAAGUGAAAUGACUGUGCCAUCCUGCUGAACUCUUCUUGUUUUCAGUCAGCAUUGCACUUGAGCAAGAAAGCCAUGGUGAGUUGGCUAGCCAGCUACAUUCAGUAUUGUCAGCCAACUGCAGUUCUGAGUAUAAUAAUCAGCUAGCUAGACUGAUAGUGUUAGGGUUUGCAUACUACAAGAGUUUAGCAACAUUAUAGUGAAGAUUUCACUUGUAAAUCUUAUUUUGUUUGAGCAUGACGGCACCGUCCUACCACUUCCGAUGUGUAUUUAAGACUGUUUACAUUAUUUGUUUGAUUAGUUGAAAAUCAUAUCCAAAAAAAACAUUAUUCUUGUAACAUGGGAACCAUGCCUUUUGUAAUUGUUAGUGUAUGUCCACAAUGUCAAUGUAAAAUUUUAUUGAAACUUAUCUAAAGGAUCCUCAUGAACAUUGUGUUAUAAGAAAAUACAUUUCAAUAUUAUGAAUACAGAUCAAAUACAAAAUGUUAAAGGUCUAACUCCAAUGGCUGCUAUUGAUUUUAAAGUAUUUUAUAGUAUAUUUUAAUGCUUCUCUUCUUAACAUACUGCCACUGUGGUGGUACACCUUAAUCAAAUCAUAGUCAAGCCUUCAUUGUCACUUUAAGAACAGUUUUACUCACAAACCUAAUUGUUUUGUAUUGGUGUAGUUAAUUGGAUAUUUCAUAGAUUUUCUUUCCCACUACAGGGAAUAUGGUGUCCUUUCGUUUAGUCAGCUUAGCUCUCCCUCUCUGUUCUUACAUGAAUGCUCACAUCAAUCACUUAUGGCUGGUGAAAUUGUUUUCUUCAAUAUGUUCUUCAAUACGUUUACGCAUAUUCAUCAUAUGGCGAAUUGUAAUGUGCAAUAUGAUUUUUAGGAAUAUGUGUGAAGCGUAAUAUGAAGAAUGUCUGACGUACAAUAUGACUUGUGACUAUGAUCACUGCAAUAAUGUUAAUAAAAGAUGGUUAAUUGUUUUAACAAAAAAUAAAGAUUGUGUUCUGUAUAA